AUGCGUUCAAUCUACAACGACGAGUUGCUCGAGGUUCCACAGGGUGUUACCGCUGACAUCAAAUCCCGUGUUAUCACCGUCGAAGGUCCACGCGGUAAGCUCACCAAGGUCGUCCGUCACAUCAACAUGGACCUCCGCCUCGAGAAGGUUGGCCAAAAGUCUGACAGCUCCGCCAUCGUAAAGAUUGUCGUCUGGCACGGUGGCCGUAAGCACAUUGCUUGCUUGCGUACCGUCAAGUCCCUCAUCCUUAACAUGAUUAAGGGUGUCACCAAGGGUUUCUUAUACAGAAUGCGCGCUGUCUAUGCCCACUUUCCAAUCAACAUCAUCAUCCAAGAGAAUGGUACCGCUGUUGAGAUCAGAAACUUCUUAGGUGAAAAGGCUGUCAGAAACGUAAAGAUGGCUGAAGGUGUCAAGAUUGAAGAAUCUCAAUCUCAAAAGGAUGAAGUCAUCUUGACCGGUAACGACAUCCAAAACGUUUCUCAAUCCGCUGCUUCCAUCCAAGGUGUCUGUCGUGUUCGCCACAAGGAUAUCCGUAAGUUCUUGGAUGGUGUUUACGUUUCUUCAAAAGAGCAAGUCGUCCCAGAUGAGUAA